GCUAGUUAUCAACUAGAAUUUUACCUGUUUGUGCAAUUUGUUUGUUAUUGAUUGAUUGGUAGUAUAUCUAUUUGGAAUAUAUUUAAAAAUUAAGAAUUAAUGGAAUAACUGAAUUAUAUUUAUAACGUUAAAUAGUGAAAAUAAUUGGUUUCAAAUAAUAUUUUCCAUAAAUCAAAAACAUGUCCAAGAAAAAUAUUGCUGAACAAGAAACAAAGAUUAAAGAUUCACUAUUCAACUUUGUUAAAAAUCACAUACCUGAAGCUGAUUUGAAUUUAAUAGAUGAAAUUGUUUUAUCUUAUGUUAUUGCCGUAUUGGAAGAUGUAGGAACAGAUCCAGUUUUUGAUGUAGAAGGUUUUUGUGAGAUGAUGGCCGCUUAUUUUCCUGAAUUUGAAUCAAUUAAUCAUGCUUCUGUUUGCCAAUGGAUGUUUGAACUGGAAGCCAAACUGCAAGAGGCUGAAGAACCUGAAGAAAAAGGUUCUACAAUAAAUAUAUCUCUUCCAGAAAUCGUACCAAAAACUAAACCUAGGACCACAAGUAUAAGUUCUGAUGUGGAUGGCCCCAAGAGGGUACAUAAGUUAUCUGAAAUGAGUGAUGGGGGAUCCACAGAUAGCUCCUGCUGUGAAUUUCCAGAUGAAAUGGAUAUUCUUCAAGAAAUGUUUCCUACAGUUUGUUGCAUAGAGGUUAAACAUUGUUUGGCAAUAGCCGCCGGGGAUAUCGAACGCGCCACACAAAUUUUAAUUGAUCGCCAAGAGAACGGACAAUGUUUGAACCAAAACAAUUCGCUGACGAUUCAAGUGGCCAAAAAAACGAUAGACGAUUCGGAAUUGAAAAAUCGCAUCAUAGAACGAUAUUCUUAUAUCGAUAAAGAUGCUUUUGCAAAAGAACAUAGGCCGGUGGCGCCGAAAGUAGAACCGAAAAAGAUGGUGCGUUACCGCGACAACAAAAUAGUAAGUUUGAAAGGAGAACGUUUUACGGAAGUUAAAAAAGGCGAGGACGUAGACGACAUUUCUUUGAAAAAAAACAAAAAAGGCCAUACUCCGUAACCCGUAAUAAGUUUCAACUUUCCCCGAUCGGGUUUCAAUAUUAUAGAACACGGCGGCGAUUUUAAUUGGCUUUAUUUAUAUAAUGUAUUAUGUGUAUUAACCGCUAAGGCGGUUCGUUUUUAUUAUCAAUACUCUCGAUUGUUUUGUUAUCUCGAAUCCUUUCUGAGGAUUUUCAUUAGUUUUAAGUAUAUAUUACGAAGUGUAAGGUUCGUAGGUAAUAUUUUGAAUUCAGGUAGUGAAAUUAUAUUAAGUAUAUAUUUAAUUCGCCUCGGUUUUAACUAGCUAUAAGGAGCAAGUGUUAGGUUAGGAUGUUAUUAUUUCGAACACCAAAAAAAAUUAUUUUUCUAAUUGAUCUGUAAUAUUUUAUUUUGCAAAUCUACUGAUAGUUGCAGUAUAGCAAAAUACCUAAACUCAAUUUGAAUCUCAUCUAUUUAUUUCUAUUGAAAUAUAUGUUUUAGCGAUAUAUUUUAAACGGUUUUUUUAUUUUUUUUAUUCUUAUUCAAUAUAAGCAACCACCCUCUUGAAUUCUAAUGUGUUUUAAAAAAAUGUGAUAAAAGUUCGAAACUAAUAUUUCUACACUUAACUACUUGCUCCGUUUUAAAUGUAUUAUUAUUGGUAUUACUACAUUAAGUAUGUUAAGCUAGUCAAAUAUUUAAUGAAAAAAAAUCCUAUUUCUUCACUUAUUAAUCAUGAGUGUAAGAUGGUUACUCGACUACAUUUUGGAUAAAAUUUACAACAGUUUAUUACAUUAACUGUUAGAACUUUUUUGUAAAACUUUUAAAGCCACAAACAGAACUAUUCAAAUCACUUUUGCUGCUUAUAACAGAUAUUUCUACAUAAAAGUCAGUGGCGUAUUUAAAAAGUAAUGUUUUUAUGAUUGGGUACAAACUUGGUAUAUUUUAAUGUAAAAUUUUUGCAAAUUUAUCUUCUGAAUACAUUGAUAUAUCACAACCUAAUCUUCAAUAAGUUUUAGCUUCAAAAAUCAGAAAAAUUCAUAUUUGAAACGUUCCGGGGCAAAGUGAUCUAAGUGCCAAAAUACGGAAAAAUGAAAAAAACUGGUCAGUAACUGAAAUUUCUCCAUUUAUCUUUAUUAAAAAGAGCAAAACUUAUACAAAACAUAUUAUAAAAAAAUUACAAUUAAAAAAAAGAAACUUCUGCACAAUCAUAUACAGGUAGUCCUCGAUUUUCGUACAAUUCGUUAUUUCGUACAUUUUUUUUAUACAUAAUCCACAAUUUGAUCGAAUUCCAAUUUGAAGCACGUCGCUCUAAUUACGCAAAGCACUACAUCUUAUUGCUUAAAUUAAUUUCACGUAAAUAAAUUUCAAAACAGGCCCUACAGGAAAGGCGGAAGUAGCUAAUUUGCAAAUCUUCCCCAUCUCAAAUCUAAAGCAAACAAAAGAAAUAGCAAACAGUUUUAAGGUAAUACAUUCCACUGGCGGUUAUAUUAACCGAAAGUACAUCCAGACAACAUAAUGGGUAAAAACAACAUUUACGAGUUUCAUCAUUUAAUAAAUAUUCUGUGUAUAGCUACUUCACUACGUACACGUGCAUCAGAAAUUAGCGAAAAACUUAUAUCAGCAUGUGCUUAGCACGGCAGAUAUAAACUAACUAGUUACAACACGCAAACACGAGGCGUCUAAAGGUUGCAUAUACAAUGAUGUGUGGACUGUGAAUAAAUACUUUACUUUUUGUGCUAGCAAUUUUGGGCCAAAUUACCCACUGAGCCAUAUUUACCUUAUAUAUUUACCCCUUUUCGACUUCAUGAGUGAAAUCGGGCAACAUCGGAAAAAAACUAUCAAUAAUGAAGUAUCCAUGUAAACGAGACCGCUUCUGUUCAACUUCUAACCAUGCAAAAACCACGCACUUUGUCACUUCAUUUAGCAAAACAUCUUCUACACAAUAAUAAUACGGAAAACACGCCAAUGUAGUAAAAAUACACUGAACAAAAGGGAUGAGGAUAUUCUCACGCUCUUUAUCAGCUAUGACGUGCCUGUGUUUUUCUUAUUUGAUUUGUACUUUACAACCACAGUAUCAUCAGCAAAGCUGAUCAUUUGUCCCAUUUUCUUCAAUCAAAAUAUAUUAUUCAUGUAAAUAAUGAAUAAAAAUGGACCCAAGACCGUGCCUUGAGGCACUCCACAUGUCACUUCUUUUAUUUUGACCUGUUAUUAUUUAUUAUACUUAUUCCUAGGUCCUCUAAGGUUUCUAGCAUUUUUUAUGCAUGUGUCAUGUGUGAAUGAAUUCAUGGCCUAGUAUUAAAUAAACAAACAUAAAUAUGGAUUCUUCUUCUAUUUGAAGCUGAAAUUUAUUGAAGAUUAGGUUGUGACACAUCGAUGUAUACAGAAAAAAAAAAUUUUUCAAAUACGCCACUGACUUUUAUGUAAAAAUUUUAAUUAUAAACUGUUUUCAUUUUUUUUCUAGCUUAUACAGGACUUGAGAAAUAAUAACAUCUCCAAAAGUGAAAUUUUUGUUUUCGCCUUGUAUUUCAGGAACAAAAGUAAUUGGAAUAUUUCCGUUUGUGGCUUUAAAAUUUUUACUAAAAAGUGAUACGGGGUCGCGAAAACCGCAUGUCGAUAUCUUUAAUAAUAGCUGAGAUACAGUGCAGUAUCAACCAAAUGGGACACAUGUACAUAAGGUGAAUGAAUGUACUUGAGUGACCCAUCUUUUACAAAACUUUAUUUAUUUUUUUUUUGUAAAUUUGGCUUAAAGUAACCAUUAAUCGUAUUGAAUUCUUAAUUUGGAUAAUUUCGUUUAAUUGAAUAUAUAGUCCGGCCAGUGUGUGUUGACUUAUAAACAUUCAAAAUAUGGUUUUUUUUGAACGGUGACCAAUCGGUGAAAUGAUGUAGGGCCAGAAUUGUUUUAUCUUUUUUGUUCUUAUUAUGUUCUCGACAAUUACAUUCUGGUAUAUUCUGGAUUUCAAGUACUGUUUAGUCAUAUUAAUGUAACUCUUAUUGCAUUCCAUUUAACACGACGAUUUAUCACAUUUCUUCUAUUAUUCUAGUUUAUUAUUUUUUGUAAAUUCUAAUUGUUUUAAGCCAAUUUUAUAUUACAUUAAUGUAAACUGUGAUUUCCUCUAUUAUGUUUUAAAUAAAAUGAAUCGUUAUUUUGAAUUCUUAGUUGAUUGAAAUAUGAUUUUCAAUAAUUUAAUGUGAAUUCAAAAUAAUGGUUUGCGAUUAGUGUUUAAGGGACGUUCUACUUUUCUACGGACAAUUUGAGUGAUAAUUUUUUUUUAUUUAAACAAAAAUUAAAAGUUUAUUUUUGUUAUAAAAAGUAAUUUUAAAUUAUUGUCCGAUUAUCAAAGAUUUCAGAAACAUAUUAUGCAUCGACGUUUUAUUUAUACCUUUUAUUUAUUUUAAGUUUUAUCGGAAUAUAAAAUAAACAACUCAGUCACAAAAAAAUAUAUUUAUUAGUUAUUAUGUAAAAUAAUUUUUUUUAACUAGAAUACACGACACUAUUUUCUCUCUAACUUAAAGUCACCACCUAGCGCCAGCCCCCAAUAUUAAUACAUAGAAAGAUGAUUUUUGAAAUUAGUUGAAUUGAUAUUAUUUGCUGUUAAACUCUGCACAUGCAUAUGGUUUUAUGUAUUUGUGGAAUCAUCAUCAAACCUUUCAAUCCUUUAGAUUAUGGCAAUCGAGUAUAGCGCGUUAAAAUCCUUAUUUGAGGUAGAUUACUCCUCGUUUUCUUAUUUUUGUUUUCUUUAUAGAUUAUCGUUUAUCUUGGCUGUUUUUGUUUUUAUUUUCCAUUCCUUUUGGUUCCGGCAUUUUGCCCUUCAGUUCAGUUGAGUCUUUUUGCUUUUAUAUAUCUCACUAUAUUUUCCUUCUCCAGCUCUUUCUCUAUUUCUUCGAUUUUCUUUGAUCUCCUUUGUCCCUCGUGUGUUAUGUUUGGAUCUGUUAUAGUUCUCUCUCGGUUCUUUUAAGUUCUUUUUCCCUUUUGUUGAUUACUGUUGUUUCCAUCCAUUAUUCCUAGAUAGUUGAUACUAUUUCAUAAUUUUAUUUGUUAGUUUUCAGUUGGUUUGCUCUCUCUUCUGGUUUUCCCAAAUUUUUUUCCUAUAUUUUGUUUUGUCUGCAUUUAUUUCCAGUCCGUAAUUGCUUGUUUCUUCUCUUAAUUUGUUGAUCGCCUAUGAUAGUCACAUCAUCCGCGUAGGCUGCUAUCUGUAUUAUGCCUGUUAUAAUGUUCUUAUUCUGUAAUCCUGCAUUUCUCACAAUACCUUCCAAUUGGUUACAUUGGAUCUCCCCGUUUGACGCUUUUAUUUGUGUCUGUCUUUUCUGAUGUGCCUUGGAAUCUCACUUUAAUGUCGCUCUUAUUAAUUUUCUCAAUUUUUUUGGAAUUCCUUGUCUCUCUAGUUUUUAUUUUCUCUCUUUUUAUUGAAUCGAAAGCACUUGCAUUUGUGGAAUACUAAAGUUUUAUCAAUGUUACUCUUUGACGUUAUUUUUUUAAGCGAGGUCGUUUUGUAACAUUAGGAGGCGCAAAGAGACACUUUUAGAAUACUAUGUCACAAUGAUUUUGUAAAAAAUUUAAAUAGGAUUUUAGUUUUACUAUAAUCUCUGUAUGGUCCAAAAAAUCUUGUGGAAAUAAAAUUUUAGAAACUACAAUUUUGGACAGGAGACGCGUCAUUUUCUGUAGAAAAGUAGAAAGCCCCUUAUAUUAUUUUAUUAUGAGUCAUUUCUGAGUGCAUUCUUCUAGUUAGUCUUUUGAAUAAAUAGUUUUUGAACAGAACAUAGACAGCUUGAAUUUUGGAAAAUGCAUUUUUUUGUAUAUUUAGAACUGUCGUAACUGUUAUGUAUCUAACCAAUGAUGGUUGACCAUAUUCUUUGUUUUAAAUAAUUAAAACUACUUUCGAAUAAACUAUUUAUUAAACAAAAAAACAUGGUUCCAAUACUUGACGAAUGCCAGACUAUUAAAGACCUCGUAUCUGUUUACAGACCGCUUUUAAAUACUAAAAUCCUAUUAUACAAAAGGCUAUUAAUAAUUGUAUGUAUGGUCGAGUCACAUCGAUAUAAAAUAAAUUACGUAAUUUUAUACGUUAAUGGAAAUUCAAGUGUCUAAAGAACACUUACGAGUCAAUUAACGAUGAUGUGACUCCCCAUUAGGAUCGUGUACCAAAAAUCUUAAUAAUCCUUGAGUUAGGUAACUAAGUAUCACCCAACCAGAUGAUUAUCAGAUUCUAAUGGUUCCCAUCAGGAGAUGAGUAAAUUUACACACAAGAGGUUGUAUCUCUGUCUGGGUUAUAUUCGUGCCAUGUUAUUAAAAUCAAAUAAUUUUAAAUAGGAAAUUAUUAUGUCAAAACAGAAACAUUGAUUUAAAAAUAUGAAGUUUAUGACAAUUUUCAAUGAUUAAUUUGUGGUAUGCACUCAACUAUAUUUUACGGUUCGUAUUAUUAUCAGUGUUGUACAAAGGAAAAUUUGUGAAAUAUUUAAUAUUUUUUUUUUAUUAUUUCUAUAUCAAUUUUAAAAAUUAAAUUUUACCAAUCAAA